CUGGGUUUCUCACAGCGGAGAAGCCGCUUUUCUUGCGUUUGACACCAUGACUAAACGCGCACAGACGGUUGCGCAAGUCAACAGUGAAUACUAGUUUAGCGUGGUAGUAGCCAUCUUGUUUGCAGAAAAGGACGAAGGACAAAAUGGGAACUAGGGUGUAUGUUGGGCGUUUGUCAUACCAUGUUCGAGAAAAGGAUUUGGAGAGAUUCUUCAGAAACUAUGGAAGAAUGAGAGACCUCAUGCUGAAGAACGGAUAUGGUUUUGUGGAAUUUGAGGAUUAUCGUGAUGCAGAAGAUGCGGUUUAUGAGCUCAAUGGAAAAGAACUCUGCGGUGAAAGAGUAAUUGUCGAACAUGCUCGAGGCACAAGAGGCGGUGGCGGCGGCGGUGAUGAUUGGCGAGAUCGCGGCUAUCCAUCCAGACGUCGUGGUGGUGGUGGAGGUGGAAGAGACAAAUAUGGACCGCCAACAAGGACAGAGUUCCGUCUUAUCAUUGAGAACCUUUCUUCAAGGGUCAGCUGGCAGGACCUAAAGGACUACAUGCGUCAGGCUGGAGAGGUCACCUAUGCAGAUGCACACAAGAAGCAUAAAAAUGAAGGCAUUGUGGAGUUUGCUACCCACUCAGAUAUGAAAGCAGCAAUUGACAAAUUGGACAACACAGAAAUCAAUGGAAGAAGGAUCCAUAUUGUUGAAGAUAGACCCAAAAGAAGAAGAUCCUACUCCAGAAGCCGUAGCAGGAGUCGCAGCCGUUCACGUUCUCGCCGAGGCCGAUCAAGGAGCAGGUCGAGGAGCAGGAGCCGUAGUCGCAGCAGGAGCCGAAGUAGGAGUCCCCGUAGCAACAGGAGCAGGUCAGCCACUCCAGCUAAGAGAUCAAGAUCACGCUCAUAUUCUCGUUCUAAAUCCAGAACACCAGAUAAAGAUGGAUCUCCAAGCCGAGAUGAAACAAGGCAGCAGUCAGAUAAUGAAGAUUAGAUAUCUCACAUGAGAGAUCACAUAUAAAGGAUGGUAUCAAAUCUCAACACUCAUAUGUUUAGAAUUUAUUCAUGAUAUUGAGCAUCUUGAAAGAAAGUGUGAACAACUUAAUGUCUUGUUUAAAAUUUUCUAAAUAAUCAUAUAUUAUCUACAGGUCAUUUUCAGACCUGACAUCAUCCAUUUGUUGCAUUUCAUCAUACUCAACUUGUGCUCAUCAGUCCUUGGUUAGGAUUGUCUCCCCUUGUAACAUUGAUCAUGUUUUUUUAAUUGUUCAUGCUUAAAGAUUAGAUUCCUUUUAAAGGAGUUAAUGUGUUUUUGAGGCAUAUACUUCAUCAUUCAAGAAUAUUAUAUCUUGAGAUGGAAAAUGUCUUUGUGGAGAUUCAUACCAUGUUCAUUGUGCCUGUUUACGCAAUCAGAAAAUAUAUGUAGUUUUUUAGCCUUCACUGAUCUAAUAAAACAUCAUGGUAAUCCA